GUCCGCCUUCACCUUCGCUGCUUGACCAUCCGUGCCCCUUGCAUUGACUCGUUCACUAUCUGUCGCUGACCGUAUAUAACUUGUUGUAAUUCCCUCACCAGUCACUUGUUCCCGCCACCGCUGAGCUUUACACACCACACAUAUUCUACUAAACACAUCACCACCCACCGCCAUUCCCAUAAUCCCCGUCAUGCGUUCCGUCUUCGCUCUCGGCAUUGCCGCCUUGACUGGCUUCACUGCUGCUCAGACAACUCCACAGAUGAACUACCCUUACACAAUCGACCCAGACACCGUUCCCCAGUCCACCAGAGACUACUGGUGCUCUCAGAACACGGCACAAUGCCCUCUCAUCUGCCUCCAGCAGCCUGGCGUCAACUCCAUGAGCACAGAGUCAAAUGACUGCGAUUCUGACAACUUGACCUACAACUGUGUCUGCGACAACGGCAUCUCCCCAAACAUUACCGAAUACUCCCAGACCCUGCCAUUCUUCAUCUGCCAGCAAUGGGGAAACAACUGCGUUGACAACUGCGGCAAUGACUCUACCUGCCAGAGCGCCUGCCGUCAGGACCACCCAUGCGGUGCCCAAGAGCCCUACCGCGGUAACACUUCUCUCCCCACCACCAUGGCCUCCACCGCAAAGCCAUCCGGUACCGCCAGCAACACCAUCCCAGUCACUGGUUUCGGUGGUGCCGAGCCCACCGGCAGCAGCGGCAGCAACAGUGGCAACAACAACAACAACACCGGCGCUGGCUCCCUCUUCAUGCCCAACGCUGGUCUGGGUCUGGCUGCUCUCUUCGGCAGCGUCUUUUUCGGCUUUGCCGUCCUCUUGUAAUGAGGUCCGGCGAGGAUAAAACAAGCACGCAUCUUUUCAUUUUCUCUGCAUUUUUCACUCCCUCUUCUCAUGCAUAGCGUCUCGGAUUCAAAAAUAGUCCUUUCAGUUUUCGAUACCCAUUUGGGGAAGCGAUACAUGACUCGCUCAUUUUAGCACGAGGCCUGGCGAGGUCUCCCCUGUCUUUUGAUUCAGAGCAUUGCGGUUCUUCUCGGCAGUAUUUGCAUAUUUUGGGAGCACGAGCAUCAGCCGCAGUACAGUUGGCAUAGUAUCACGUUAUAAUACGAAUAACCGGCACGACGGUUGAUUAUGGAAAUCAUGUUUCCGAUGCACAUUACUGCGAUUCCCUGACUCACAUCCCAUGCACCCUUCCCCAAACACAAUCCUCGGAUAUCAAAACAUAAACAGGUUCAGGCACACAGCAC